GCCCGGCUGCCGCGGGCCUGAGGACGACGUGAGAGGCGGCGGUGGCCGGAGAGCUGCCCAAGAGCCUCCGCCACUCUCCUGAGACCAGGCCGCAUCCCGAGGCCAGUCAUUCCUGAGGCAGCCACUGGACAGCGGCUCCCAAGAGGACGUGCGCCGUGACUCCCGAGCACUCGGCGGAUUCAGCGGGAUAGCGCUCCUAGGUAGUUGGUCCUCUCUGGGAAGCCGUAGGCGCCCAGUGGCAGAGUCCACGUGACUCCGGGGACAACGGGCAGAAGCCAUGGCUGUCACCAGGCCGCUGUCCCGCUUCUGGGAGUGGGGAAAGAACAUCGUGUGCGUGGGCAGGAACUAUGCGGAUCACGUCAGGGAGAUGCAGAGCGCGGUACUGAGCGAGCCGGUGCUCUUCCUGAAGCCGUCCACCGCCUACGCCCCCGAGGGCUCGCCGGUCCUGAUGCCCGCCUACAGCCGCAACCUGCACCAUGAGCUCGAGCUGGGCGUAGUGAUGGGCAAGCGCUGCCGCGCCGUCCCGGAGGCCGCGGCCAUGGAUUACGUGGCCGGCUAUGCCCUGUGCCUGGACAUGACCGCCAGGGAUGUGCAGGACGAGUGCAAGAAGAAGGGGCUGCCUUGGACUCUGGCCAAGAGCUUCACGGCCUCCUGCCCCGUCAGCGCGUUCGUGCCCAAAGAGAAGAUCCCUGACCCUCACAACCUGAAGCUCUGGCUCAAGGUCAACGGGGAACUCAGGCAGGAGGGUGAGACAUCCUCCAUGAUUUUUUCCAUCCCCUACAUCAUCAGCUACGUUUCUAAGAUAAUGACCUUGGAAGAAGGAGAUAUUAUCUUGACCGGGACACCAAAGGGAGUGGGGCCUGUUAAAGAAAACGAUGAGAUCCAGGCUGGCAUACACGGAGUCGUCAGUAUGAAAUUUAAAGUGGAAAGGCCAGAAUAUUAAGUCUAUACAAAGCCCCCUAAUUUAUUAACACAACUUUCAGGGCAGAAGAGAACGAGACAAAGCAAGCAAGCAAGCAAAGGUUAUUUAAUUAAAUAUGACAUUUUUUAAAUUAGAAGCCAAUUUUUAAAAUGAUUGGAUUAACUGAAUCACAAUGCUGUACACCAUAAGUUACAACAUUGUAAAUCAACUAUACUUCAAAUAAAAAGGGGAUGUAAAUUAAUAAGUGAUUGUAUUGCUAUACCUCAACCCAAGGAAGAUGGACGCUCCAGGAAAAACCUGAUCUAGAAGAGUUGGACCAGAAACAGAAAUGAGAAACAGUGCCUUCUAGGAAACAACAAACCACGUGCUCAGAAGACUUCCUCUCCUAAAACUCUACUGGAUAAGACUUUUUUCAUUGGGCCAUUUCUGGGACCAGGUGUUCAAGACUUAAUAUCUGCAAAGGAAGCAGAAAAGUACGUUUCAUCAGUGUUUCCCAAAUUUUCUUGAUCAUGAAAAUCAUCUGGAGGUAUUUAAAAAUAAAAAUCUCCAAAUUACUGGCCCAUCCCAGGCCCAAUGUAUUAAUGGAAUUAAUUAAUCUCAAGUGCUCCAAGUGAUUCUUAUCACGGAAAUGUAGAAAAACACUAUUCCACAUAAUAGUUAAUUAAAAGUUUUAUUUAAUAAGUGAGCAAUUAAUGAAUACUUCAUUUGUUUACUUAGGGGGUGUAUUCUGGCCCACAGAUUCUGAGUUUGGGAGAUAAUUUUGAAAGUAUUGUUUCCCAAAUGAGUAUGCUGUCUUUUGUGUGGCCUAAAAGUAUACUCCACCCCCACCCCAAAUAGUGGUUAGGAGGAACACUUCCUUGUUAAGGGGCUUCAGACUUUGGUCUUUGGCCUUUGGCCUUGUGAGCACUGUGCUUUAUUAACAGAGUUAAUCAGCACCUAUACCUCCCGCCCAGCUUCAGGGAGGUCAGAUGUCCUGGGAGUGCUACUUUUGCUCUCACCUCCUCCCUUCUCUGACAAAAGCUAGGUGAGUGCACAGUACAGCUAUCAGAGUUCCUGGUGGAGUCCUUUAGGCUUAGGCAGGGGCUCCUGCUGGAUUGUAAUGCUUACUGAGCACUAAGUACUACUAGGCGCUGUACCAAGAGUUUUUUAUGUAUUAUUUAAUCUUCAAAAAAGUUGUGAGGUUGGUAUUACUACCAUCUCUGUUACACAGAUGGAGACAUAGAUUUAUAGGCUAGCCAGCCUGGCUGUAUGGUCACUCAGCUGAGUGGCACAGCCAAGAUGUAACCCAGCUAUCCCAAGACCAAAACCUGAAGUCUUGACCACAAUGUAGGCUGCAUCUUUUAAGUAGAUAUAUUUAAAAAUUCAAACAUUUCGGUAUUAUGCCACCCCCACAUUUAGAAUUUAUUCUUGGAAGGGCCAUAAUUGGAUUUGUUUAUAAAAUGUCAUGUUAAUCUUUUAAUAAGAUUUCUUUUUUUAAGUGUUUAAACAAUAUAUAUUAUAGAAGAGUCAGAAAAUAUGUAAAAGCAAAAAACCAAAACACCCCAAAUUUUGUAUGCCGAGACAGCCAAAGUUAAGCAUUUGGUGUACAUUCUUCUGGAUGUAUUGUUAUCUUUUGAAUAAAAUUUAUACCAUACA